AUGGAGAUUUUUAAAGAAAAAUGCUCGACACAAAUACUACACAAUAAAAUGGUGGAAAUCGAAGAAGUGCACCCCGAGGAACGAGCGCGAGAGGAGGAAAAGAAGGCGAACGAUCGCGGUGGUAACGGUGGUGAUGAUGGUUUUCGAGCGAGAACGACGGGAACGCGUGAAUCUGCCGAGGACGAAGAAAAAGAAAUCAUCGCUUUGGCGACAACUCUGAAAUCCAACGGGAACGAGAAGUUUGCGACGAGUGCGUUCGGGGAGGCGCUGAAACUGUACGACGACGGGGUCGAGGUUUUGAGCAGAGAAGGAGAAAACGAUGAUAUCGACGAUUCGGACAAAAGCGAUGAAGACGAUGGUGAUGUCGAUGAAGCGACGACGAGAACAACAACAAAAACGAAAGGAACUGAAAAAGAAGAAGAAGACGAAGCGAAGAAAAACAAACCAUCAGAUGAUACGGAAAAACGGGACCCGACGAAAAGAGAGGUACUCCUGGCGACGUUACACGCCAACGCCGGAGCGUGCUUGAUGAAACUCGAGAGUUUUGAGGAGUGUGUUCGUAGGUGUUCGAAGGCGAUAGCUUUACAUCCUCGGUACGGGAAAGCGUACGCGAGGCGAGCGCAGGCGUACGAAAAGUUGGACGACGUCGAGCGAGCGUUGGAGGAUUACGAGAAAGCGGUGGCGAUCGAGGAGAAAGAGAACGGAGAGAGCGAGGAUGCGAGACGGAGGAUGAGAAAGUCCGCGCACAGAGAGAAGGUAAACGCGUUGAAACCGAAAGUAGAGGAGAAAAGAGAGGAGACGAAGAAGGAGAUGUUUAAGCAACUCAGAUCGCUAGGCGAUAUGGUUCUCGGGAACUUUGGUUUGAGCUGCGAUAACUUUAAAGCGGAAAAGGAUGAGAAUACGGGAGGGUUUUCGUUGAAAUUCGUGCAAGAGAAAGCAGGUGAAACGAAGACCAGGGUUAUCAACGAGAAUGAUAAUAAUAAUAAUACUAGCGCCGCUGCUGCUGCUUCUGCAAAGUAA